AGGGGGGGGGGGGGAACCUUUCAGCUGCCGCGUCUCCAUGUGGAUCACCAUCAUCAGUGCCAGAGAGGAACUGUUCAAGUUCUCACUGAGAGUUCCUGCUCCACCAACUGACUCCGACAUUUGAAACUUUCUCUCUUUUUUCUCUGACAGUCAGAGCAAAAACAGCAGCAACGAAUCGGUUCCUGUUUUUUAUUUAUUUUUCUCCUCCAGUUUCUCCUUUCAGUCGUGCGUAUAAUUCAAGGUCCUGCCGCAAAUGAGCGCAGUUCUCGGCGCGUGUCAGCCUCAUCAUCCUCACUGGGGGCAGCAGUGAGGAGAAGAGAAAACAACGGGCAAAGUUGGAGUUUGUUUUUUUGUUUCGACGCCCGGAAGCGCGCGAUUUCUCGCUUCUUCACGUUGCUCCACUUCGGUCUUUUAAGCCUCGCAGGAAGUGAUGACUUCUGUGUGGAAGCGGCUGCAGCGAGUCGGUAAAAAGGCGUCAAAGUUUCAGUUUGUCGCUUCGUACCAGGAACUGGUUUUGGAGUGCACCAAGAAAUGGCAACCAGACAAGCUGAGGGUGGUGUGGACCAGGAGGAACAGACGCAUGUGUUCCAAGCUCCACAGCUGGCAGCCUGGGAUCAAAAACCCGUACAGAGGGACGGUGAUAUGGCCGGUCCCCGAGAACAUCGACAUCUCAGUUACACUCUUCAAGGAGCCCAACGCUGAUGAGUUCGAGGACAAAGAGUGGACGUUUGUUAUCGAGGGUGAAAACAAAGGACAUCGUAAGGUGCUGGCGUCAGCUGACAUCAACCUGAAGAAGUUUGCCAGUCCGACGCCGACCCAGACCGACCUGACGCUGAAGCUGAAACCUCUGUCUGUCAAAGUGGUGGAGGCCACGAUGAAGCUCUCGCUGUCCUGCGUGUUCGUCCGCGAAGGAAAAGCAACUGAUGAAGACAUGCAGAGUCUGGCCAGUCUGAUGAGCUUCAAACCCACAGAUAUCGGAAACCUGGACGACUUCAAUGAGAGCGACGAGGAUGAGGACAAGAAGUCCAUCGGUACCAUCGGUUCCACAGGUGCUCCGGGGCCCUGGACCCCCCCGGACCCCGGUGCAGCCGUAGGAGACAUCGCUCCGGUCCCUCUGCUCUCGACUCCUGAUCUGGACGCUCUCUGCGACCCCGUGGGCCCAGCUCUCCCCACUGCUCCCCCAUUCUCCUCACCCUCUCUCUCCUCUUCCCCUCACCCUCAGCUCACUGUCUCUCCUUCUGCUCCUCCCGCUGCCAUGAACCCCUUCCACUCAGAGGAGGAAACCGCUCCAAACCUCCUGAGCCGAGGUGAAGAGGUCCGAACUUCCAAGAAGCAAAUGAAACCCCCCGUGGACACGAUGGCCACCAUCGCAGAGGACAAAGACGAGUCCAAAAAAAAGAGGGUGAAACACAGACCGUCUGACCGCCUGUCGAGGCCUGUCGUGGACACCGCCCCUCCUCAUCAUCCCAGUGAGGUGAAGACCACCCGGCUCCCGACUUUAGUAGAAGAAGAAAGCCCUGGAGUUAAGAGAGCGGAUCCUGUUCCAUCAGUCAGAGAGGAGGCUGAUGGGAAAGACGCCGCCGCCGAGGACCUGGUGAACUCCAGUCAGUCUCUGCUCCAGUGGUGUCAGAACAUCACCGCUCAGUACAGGGGGGUAAAGGUCACCAACUUCAGCACGUCCUGGAGGAACGGCCUGGCCUUCUGUGCCAUCCUCCACCACUUCCACCCAGAUAAAAUACAUUUUGACGAGUUGGACCCUCAUGAAAUCAAGCUGAACAACAAAAAGGCGUUCGAUGGUUUCGAGGCCUUGGGAAUCUCUCGUCUGUUGGAGCCCUCCGACAUGGUCUUCAUGUCCAUCCCUGACAGGCUGAUAGUCAUGACCUACCUCAGUCAGAUCCGCUCGCACUUCACCAACCAGGAGCUGAGCGUGCUGCAGAUAGAACACAACAGCAGCCAGUCCAGCUACGGCCUCGCUCCCUCGGGUCCCGAUCCCAGCAACGUCGACGCUGCCGCCUUCUGCAUGGCCAGGCUGAACGAAGGCGUGAGUCUGGAGGAGAGAGGAGGAGACAGCCCUCUGGUGGUGCCACCGCCCAGAAGCAAACGAGUGGUCAAAGCUGAAGACUCUAUAAACCCCGUCGCACCGCCACGAUCUGUCGCCAAGACGGUCAAAUCUGAGGAUGAAGACACGACGACGAGGAGGAUAUCUACAGCAGAGAAGACUGAUACCUCAGGUCUGCAGAGAGACACAGAGGCAGAGACUCCGAAACAAGAGGCAGAGACAAUGCGUCUGCAGGACACCAGUCAGUAUGUGCUUAGUGAACUGGCAGCACUGGAGACGGAGCAGAAGCACAUUGACAGCAGGGCUGCUGUGGUGGAGCGGCGGCUGCGGAGCCUCAUGGAAACAGGAAGUGACCGUGAUGAAGAGGAGAGACUGAUUCAGGAGUGGUUCACUCUGGUGAAUAAGAAGAACGCUCUCAUCCGCAGGCAGGACAACCUGGAGCUGCUGCAAGAGGAGCAGGACCUGGAGAGGAGGUUCGAGCUCCUCACCAGAGAGCUGCGAGUCCUGAUGGCCAUAGAGGACUGGCAGAAGUCCUGUAAUCAUCAGCAGAGGGAGCAGCUGCUCCUCCAGGAGCUGGUGUCUCUGGUCAACCAGCGGGAUGAGAUCAUUAGAGACAUUGAUGCCAAAGAGAGAGGAGCGCUGGAGGAGGACGAGCGUCUGGAGCGUGGACUGGAGAUGAGGAGAAGAAAAUACAGCAACAAAGAAAAAUGUGUCCUUCAAUGAGGACAGAGGACAAAUACAAACGUCUUCUACUACUGCUGUGGGACAGAAGAAGUUGACAGUUUUGUUUUUAGUAUUAUUCAUAUUUUAUUCAGUUCCACUUGUCUGUGAACUCAGGAACAAACAUCACGAUAUUCUUCCUUGUUUCUCUUCUCUAAGUGCCUUUAUUCACCCGAAGAAACACAAGGCUGCGUUUUAAUGUUUAAAGUUUCAUUUUGUUUGUUGUGUCUCACUGUAAUAGUGCUAGGAUUAUUUGGAUUAUUUAUUUAAAUUGAUUCUUUCGUUGCUGUACAUGUUGCACAUACAGCACUGGGCGUGUCCUUGUGUAUAUGGUUGAAUUAGUUCAUUUAAAUAUUUGAAAAUCUUUUUUAUUUCUGAGAGAGAGUAGAAUUCUGAUGGUUUAAAUUAUAAAUUAUAAUCACAUUAUAUUUAAACAUGUUAAGUUGUGUGAUGAGUUUCAGGUGAUGAAAAAAUCUGUGAAGCUGCUGCGAAGAAGAUACAAACUUUUCCACAUCCUUAAAAAAAAAAAAAAGGCCCCAAAACAGAAUCAAAUGAAAGACUUUGAUUGGCCGACAUCUGGUUUUCAGACUGUGAGCUUCAUCUGAUCCAAACCUCAACCAAAGUUUUUUUUUUCUUUUCUAGCCUUCUGGAUUUCCAUCCGAUAGACUGGCCUUGUCCACUAGGGGUCAAACCUGGUUGCACUCUGUUGCCCUCCCUAUAAAUUGUGGGCAUUUGUUAGGCCAGUUUUUAUGUGGAUUGCAAGCUGUAAAUAAUGAGCUGGACUCAGGCCCAGCAUGUUCUCUUUAAGGGAACCUCCACGUAUUUCUACUUUUUUUUUGCAAUAUUUUAAGGUUCGAUUUUGGAGAGUUUCUAGUUAUAUUUAUUUCAGUUCGUGUCCUGAGUUCCUUUUUAAUUCAUCGUAGUGAGUAUGAUUUUAAUGCCUGUGUUGUUUGACUACUUUAUUCUUGUUUGUUUUCUUUGCUGAUAAAGUGGAGCCCGUCUCACGUCACCUCGUUAUAAAAAAAGCACACUGUGUUUUUAAGUUUUGAUGAAUGAUGCUGAAAAUAAAACAAAAAUAAUAAAUAAAAAAAAAUCCAACUGAA